AUGUUUCAUGCCGCGAUCCUUCAGAGGCCGCGUGGGCAGCAGUGCCGGAGCGACGACGAGGUGAUCGAGCGUGCAAAGGAGGCUGCCUCGAGCCCCGCCGCACUCCGUAGGAUGGUGGAAGCGCUCGUCGCGGACGCCUCCGCCGACGACGAGGAGGAGACGGCGCCGAUGCGCGAGGUUCCUGCGGUCGACCCAGGGAAAGCGGCGUGCAAGCUGAAGUACGCGGAGGCGCAGUACGAGGCCAACAAGCAGAUCGCACCGGGGCUGCUCAAGCCUGUCAGGGGCGUGAAGGCGUACAAGCCGAAGGAUGCCUCGAUCGAGAAGGUGUUCUGCAAUCCGCCACGCCUCCGCGCGCCAGGUAUCCUCGGGGACACCAUGGAGGACUGGAGUGUCAUCUACAAGUGUGGUGCGCGGGACGGCAUCAGGGGCAUGUGCAAAGCCAUCUGGUGCGGCACCGUGACCGACGGCGUCAAGGGCAUCAUCUGCGACGUGCGGGCGUGCGCCUUCUACAAGGACCCGCUGUGCACGGAGGGGCCCAGUGCGCGCAUCCGCCCGAUCGCCAUUGGCUGUGCGCUCCGCCGCCUCUGCUGCAAGGCAGGGACGUGCGACUUGGCUCCGGAGUGGAACCGGUUCUACACGACGAUGCACCCGGACGACGCGGCUGAGUGGGAGGCGGACAUCUGCUCGGCCGAGGCCGCCCUCUCGCAUGCGAAGCAGGCGGAGGCCCAUGCGGAGGCGGUCAAGGCGGACGCGGCCCCACGGUCACGGCGUCCAAACACGCGGUCGAGGAGGCGGCGCGGCACCUCGGCGGGGUGCGAGCGCACUGCUUACCAUGUGCGCUCGUGGAUGGAGUCGCCCCGCUGCAAGGACGACAUCAUCAUUGACGACGACAUCGAGUGCAUGUACAACGCCACAUGCCGCGUGGCGAUGUUCAAGGCGCUGCGGGAGGAGCCGCUCUUCCAGCAGUGCGUCCCCCGCAACGUGACGGCGCUGCACCAAGCGGCGCACGCCGUGCUAGCGCACGCCGGCGCGGACGUCGUCUUCGGCGCGGAGGCGUACUGCUACCACUGCUCUCGCACCGGGGACGCGGAGCGCCUGCGUAAGAACACUCUCUUCCGCUUCCUCAACGGCGGCUGCAUGGCUGCGCGCGCGGCGCCGCUCGUGCAGAUGCUGCAGGCGUACCUCGACGAGAUGGGGCGCGACGGCAAGCUGCGUGGCACGCCCGAAGCGGACGCGGCCCGCGCGCACGCGCUGCGCUCCGCCUACGCCGACGGCACGCCACGCGUGUACCACAGCACGCAGCAGGCGCUGCUCACGCGACUCCUCCUCGAGCAGCAGCACAAGGGCUACCCCCUACCCCCCUACUCACAGGCAGCCGGCCCGCUCGGCGGCCGCUUCCCAGCGCCGCCGGCCAGCCUCACACUGACCUUUGGCACCGUCGGUCUCAAGGACUUUGUGUCCAAUUGGCUGUGGCACGCGGCGCGGGUGCGGCCGCGGCUCUCGUAUGGCGUCAUCGCGCUCGACGACGAGCUGCGCCGCCUCUGCGACGUGUGGGGCGAGCCGGCCAUAUCCGCCCGCCGGCUGCUCGCCGGCGGUCCCGCCUCGGUCGACGCCGCCUUUGCCGCGCUCGGCGGCGGCUACGUGCGCGACGAGCGCGGUAAGUUCAAGCAGCUCGGCUACCUCAAGGCGCUGGCUACGGCACGGCUGCUCGAGCUGGGGUUCGACGUGCUGCUCAGCGACGCAGACGCCGUAUGGCUCGGCGAUCCGUGGCCGUGGAUCGGCAGCCGCGCGGGCGGCCAGCCGUCGGCCGACGCCGGAGACUUGCCGCUCGCUGACGUGCUCGCCUCAAACGACAUGCCCGACUUGCGGCGCGAUGGGCAGCCGGACUCGGUGUACAACUCGGGCGUGGCCUUCUUCCGCGCCUCGCCGGGCGGCAGAGGCGGCCGCGCGCGCCGCUUCGCGCUCGAGUGGGCCAACCGCACGCUCGCCACGGGCGUCAUCGGCAACGAUCAGACCGAGUUCAACCGGCUGCUGCGGAACCGGUACAUCGACGGCGACUACAGCUGCAACCGGCCAGAGUGCCUCGCGCGGGACCCCGGCAUGUACGUGCCGUACUCGGCCGAAUGGGUGUGCGACGGCGGCGGCGGCGGCGGCGGCGGCGGCGGCGGCGGCGGCGGCGGCGGCGGCGGCGGCGGCGGGUCCUCCGCCGCAGGCUGCCGGCCCUGCGGCUGGCGGGCGACUCCGGGCACGGCCGACCCGUACACGGGCUUGCAGGCGGUGGAAUUGCCGCGGCAGAGCGAGGCGUGGCGGCGGUGCGAGGCGGAGCAGCGGCUGCUCUGCUGCGCGGGGCGCAAGCCGCGCUUGCCUGCGCGGCGCGUCUACUGGAUGUGGGGCGGGCGCGUGCGGUUCGGCCUCCUGCCGGCCGACCGGUUCCUGCAGGGCCCAACCUACUUUGUGUACCGGCUGCACGAGCAGCGCGCUGUGCCGCCUCUGCACGUGCACGUGACGUACACUAUGGGCGGUGGGGAAGGCAAGCGGUCGAGGCUGCGCGCCGCGGGGCUGUGGCAGGCGCCGCACCCGCGCCCGCGUAGACCUCCAGACCUCCCUCUGACCGCGCUUGCGUUGCUCUCGCGCCAGGCAGCGUCGCGCACGGGGGCGCAUGCGGCCGGCAGCGCGGCAGGCGAUUUCGCCGGCGGCGCCGGCUUUGUGCGGGUGACCGGCCUCGAUGCGUUGCUGCUCUCGCUGCUGGAUCGCAUGCGGUUGCCCCCAAAGGUGUGGGAGUGCGACCCUCCCCCCACCGACGCGGAGCGGGAGCGAGGCCACUUGCCCGACCAGCCGUCCGCCUUCUUUGCCCUGGAGGGCGGCGCGGGCAGCGCAUCCCGCUGCUACCACCCUCGCCACCUCGUCCUGGGCGGCCGGGCCGAGGCGCCGCCCGCCUUUGACUAUGCGCGCGCGCCCGACCCGGCGGCUCCGCACGUCGCCAUGCAGUACGUGCAGCGGUCCGUGCUGCGCAACGCGCUCGCACUCGCUUCGGCGCUCGGGUGGCAGCUGGUGCGGCCGAGGCUCUGGGCGCUGUGCGAGCGGCACUGGUGGCACCUCAAGGACUGCCGGCUGCCGGGCAACCCGCUGCCGAUGCCGUACGAGGCGCCGUACGACACUCUCUUCAACCUCGAGGACUGGAACCAGGCCGGGGCGGAGGACGGAGCGGCGGCGGGCCCCAUCCAGCUGGCAGAGGAGGGCGAGGUGCGGGGCCUCGAGGCGCGGAGGCUGCACCUCCUUCCGCCGAGCGACGGAGGCGGCGGCGCUGCGGGCGGCAGCGUCAAGGGCGACCUCGUCCUCCCCCACGGCACCUCGUUCGACGCCGCAGCGCGCUUCCUCCGGCCGAGGCUCGGCAACGCCUCCGGCGGCCGGCGCGCAGUUGUUGAGCUCGACGUGCGCUCGCUGCUGCGCUUCUCGCCGUGCGGCUUUGACGACGAGGCCGCCGCGGCGCGCUUCCAGCGGCGCGUCGUCGAGCGGCUCUUCCGCGGGCAGUACUCGUACUGCGGCGAGGAGCGCAACCCGCACGUGGACGCGAUGCUGGCGAACGCGCGCGCCAAGCACCAACCCGAGGAGCCGCUGCUCAUGACGCGCCGCAAUUGCACGGGCCAGCCCGCAAACGACUUCAACAAGCCGAAAGUGGACUUGGGCCCUGAGGCGCUGCGGUACCUACCUCGCGGCGCGUGUGGCGAACGCACGGUGGGUGGCGGCAGCGACGAUGGCGCCGAGGCGACCCUGAAACGGGGCGUGGCGUUUGUAAGGCUCUCGUAG